CCCAUCCCAUCCCAUCCCUGGUUCUUUUAAAAUACGCAGCAUUGCUAAAUUACGCCCUUCUCUAUCAAAGGCAGCAACUUUUAGAAAAGAAACAAAGAAAGAGCGAGUCUUGCUUUUAGAGCGAGUCUUGCUUUUCGAGUAUCGUGUCGUGGUGUAUCUGAUUCUCAUGAUUCAUGAAUUAUUAUUAUUUUUGUAAUUUUUUUAAUGUUUUGUUACCUUAAUGAGAGUGGGGAAUUCAGGGGAGGGGGCUCUAAAGAUUCCUUUUAUUUUUUUUAAAAGUAUGUAAAUAAAGUUGUGCAUUCUACAUUUGUGAUUCUCUGAUCAUUCAUAUAAUUGCAAAGAAACAAAUACCCUUUUUUCUUGUUGAAGAGAGAAUUAAAAAAGCAAGAGAGGAACAUUGGUUAAUCCAAGAUCUCAAAUUUCUCAAAAGAAACUAUAAUGGAGAUGAACAUGAGCUUUUCACAUGACAUGGGUGAUGAAUAUGAAAAAUUCAUUAGAAGAAUGAAUCCGCCCAGGGUUGUUAUUGAUAAUGAAGCUUGCAAGAAUGCAACUGUGAUAAGGGUUGACUGUGCAAACGAACAUGGAAUCCUUCUUGAAGUUGUACAAAUCCUGACUGAUCUUAACCUUAUCAUUAAUAAAGCCUACAUAUCUGCUGAUGGCAAUUGGUUCAUGGAUGUUUUUAAUGUUACUGAUCAAGAUGGAAACAAAAUCACAGAUGAAGGUAUUCUAGAUUAUAUUACAAAGUCUCUGGGGCCAGAAUCUUGCUUCACAUCUGCAAUGAGAUCUGUUGGGGUGAAGCAAACAAUGGACCACACUGAAAUUGAGUUAACAGGGAGUGACAGACCAGGGUUGCUAUCUGAAUUAAGCGCGGUCCUUAAGCAUCUUAAAUGCAAUGUAGUGAAUGCCGAAGUAUGGACACAUAACACCCGUGCUGCAGCUGUGAUACAAGUGACUGAUGAGGAAACAGGAACAUCAAUUACCAACCUAGAAAGGCUAUCUAGGAUAAAGGCACUUCUUUGCAAUGUACUUAAGGGAAGCAACAAAUCUAGUUUAGCCAAAACCAUAGUUUCUCAUUCGGUCACACAUACUGAUAGAAGGCUUCACCAAAUGAUGUUUGCGGACAGGGAUUAUGAACAGACCGGUGAUGAUGUUUUGGAGGACAGGCAAAGGCCGAAUGUGGAUGUUGUGAAUUGGUAUGACAAGGACUAUUCAGUGGUUACCAUUAGGUGUAAAGAUAGACCAAAACUUCUCUUUGAUACGGUUUGCACCUUGACCGAUAUGGGGUAUGUAGUGUUUCAUGCAAAAAUUGAUACCGAGGGGCCACAGUCUUAUCAGGAAUAUUACAUUCGUCAUGUAGAUGGAUCUCCUGUUAAAUCAGAUGCAGAGAGACAAAGAGUAACUCAGUGUCUUGAAGCGGCAAUUAAGAGAAGGGUAUCUGAGGGCUUGAAGCUAGAACUUUGCACAACAGACAGAGUUGGAUUGCUAUCUGAUGUCACUCGCAUAUUCAGGGAGAAUAGCCUCACUGUCAGCCGAGCAGAAGUGACAACCAAAGAUGGCAAAGCUGUUAACACAUUCUAUGUUCGGGAUGCAUCGGGGUAUCCUGUCGAUGCCAAGACCAUAGAAUUCAUCCGGCAAGUGAUCGGGCAGACCAUACUAAAAGUUAAAGGCAGCCCUGAAGACGUAAAAUCAGUUUCUCAGGAAUCUCCAACUAGGUUCCUAUUUGGUGGUCUCUUCAAGUCAAGAUCUUUUGUAAAUUUCAGCUUGGUCAGGUCUUAUUCCUAAUGAGUAUAAUAAUAUUUUAUCUUCAUCAUUCCACAUGUAAAUCAAAGCCCAUUUAGCUUAGAUUCUACGGUAGAUCUUUGUUCAAUUUAGCUGUUGCAGUCUAGGAACCAUUUUUAUCUGUUCUGGUUAAUGAAAGCCAUAGAUAGAAAUCAAAGGGCCUGUAAAUUUCCCAACUCACCCCCUCUUUUAGCCUUUAUUUAAAGUGUAUUACCCAACCUAAAGUUGGAUCCACCAAUGCAGGAAAUGACAAAAUGAGUUGUGACCUUGAUACAUAAA